CACUACACUCUCGCACUUUUGUGUGCAUGAAAACAUUACCAGACGGUCGUGUUUUGUGCCUUGUGUGUGGUGCUAAAAGCUGGAGGAACCCGUCAAACGAAGAUCAGUUUGUCAAGAGUGUGAUUGUCGUGUUUGUCCAUCGUCGUCGUCACCGAUUCAAUUCGGCUGAAACAUUUUGCAGUUGAAAAAUCCAGUAACAUUACAAUUUUAACACCGGAAAACAGCAGAAUGAGCAGUGGAAAACAUCUGGCAAAAGGAUCCACCCCGCCCGUACUUGGCAACGAUGGAAAGCUCCGGCUCUACUCGAUGCGCUUCUGUCCAUACGCCCAGCGGGUUCACCUGAUUCUUGAUGCCAAGAAAAUUCCCUACCACACCAUCUACAUAAACUUGAGCGAAAAGCCCGAGUGGUACUUCGAAAAGAAUCCCCUGGGUAAGGUGCCCGCUCUCGAAGUACCCGGCAAGAGCAAUGUGACACUGUACGAGUCGCUGGUCGUGGCCGAUUAUAUCGAGGAAGCCUACCCGGAUAAACAGCGCAAACUCUAUCCGGCAGACGCUUUCCAGAAGGCGCAGGAUCGCAUUCUGAUCGAACGCUUCAACGGUUUAGUCAUCUCGCCCUACUAUCGGAUCAUGUUCUCUAGUGAUGGCAUUCCACCGGGAGCCAUCACCGAGUUCGGCACUGGUUUGGAUGUUUUCGAGAAGGAACUGAAAACUCGAGCAACUCCGUAUUUCGGGGGUGAUAAGCCUGGCAUGCUGGACUACAUGAUUUGGCCGUGGUGCGAACGAGUUGAUUUGCUGAAGUUUGUUUUAGGGGAUAAGUACGAGCUGGAUAAGGAACGGUUCGGCAAACUGCUGCAAUGGCGCGAUUUAAUGGAAAAGGAUGAAGCCGUGAAAAAGUCCUUUCUCUCGACUGAAAGCCAUACCAAAUUUCUGCAGAGCCGCAAGGCGGGAGAGAAUAACUACGACUGCGUAUCCAACGCCAAGAAGUUUCGCAUUGCGUAACACAUAACACGGACUUCGGAUUUGAAUAAUCGCGGACAUCAGCAGCAGUCGAUUGUACGAAUAAAUAUAUACUUAACUUUUACUUACGGAAAA